AAUUGCGUCAUAUCUGGUCGCCGACCUGUCAUGCUGCACUGACAUUUACCGGGCUAAAGUGUCAGUUAGUGGUAGAUAAUAAUGUGUAAUAAUAAUAAUAAUUGUGCUGUUUAUUAAAGGAUUAGAGAAUGUCAUCGCUUGUUUUGUAGAAGAUGUGGAAUAACGUCAGAAGGCUCUCGACCGUGACACGCUUGAAACUCUCCUUCCCUGGAUGCUUAAGGUCACAUUUCCGUGGUGUCCAGCUGACAGUAAAACCCCAGGCGAGAUGCGUCUCUCAGGGCGUGUUCAGGACAGACUCAACACCCCGACCUGCUCGCUCUCUCAGCUCUAGAUGCAUCACUUUCGUGCCAGCUUUGCACCUGCAGCCGUGCAGCGUGAGGCACGUGAGCUCGUCCGGAUCCGGGUGGUACGAGAGCGUGGCGGAUUCCGCUCCAGUCCACGUCACCGAGCAGCUCCUGAUCUCCAGCCAGCAGAUGACGGCGCUGCCGUGGUGGGCGGGGAUCAUCUGCACCACGCUGGCGCUGCGCACCGUCGUCACUCUGCCGCUCGCCGUCUACCAGGCCGUCAUCAUCGCCAAGAUUGAAGCCUUGCAGAAGGAAAUAGCAGAGUUAGCACAACGGCUACGCUACGAGAUCUCCUUCAGGGCCAAGGAGAAGGGCUGGUCCGAGAAAACGUGCAGGUACCAUUUUAAGAAGAAUCUGCGGCGGAUCGUGUCUGAGCUGUACGUGAGGGACAACUGCCACCCAUUCAAGGCCAGUUUGCUCGUCUGGGUGCAGUUGCCCAUGUGGGUGUGCAUCUCUCUCGCCCUGCGUAACAUCAGCAUCAUCCCGUCUGGAUUGCAGCAGCAGCUGGCAUCAGGUGGCGCUCUCUGGUUUCCGGACCUCACGGUACCGGACUCCACCUGGAUCAUCCCCGUGUCUCUGGGCCUCAUCAACCUGCUCAUCACUGAGGUAUACGCCCUGAGCAAGCUCGAACAGUCAAAGUUCCAGAAGUACAUGACCAACUUCAUCAGAGGAAUCUCUCUGGUCAUGAUUCCUUUAGCCGCCACUGUACCUUCUUCCAUGGCACUGUAUUGGCUCAGUUCCAGCUGCAUCGGUCUGGGUCACAACCUCCUCCUGCGUUCUCCACGUAUCCGCGCUCUCUGCCGAAUCCCAGCAUCGCGCUCGGACUCUCACACUCCCUACAGGGACAUCGCUGCUGCCUUCGUCACCAAAUACAUGAAAUAAACCAGAAAAAAAAUCACUGUAGGUUGGUCAGAUUCAGCAGAGUGUUGUGAGUUCAACAUCUAUCUUCUCUUCUCCAGGAGGACGUUCGGGAAAGCCGAACUGUAAACAUAAAGACUGACGAAUUCCUGGAAUGCACAGUUUUGGUGUUGAGGUAGAAAUGUUUAUAAAAGACUUGUAAACCAUCCUGUAAACUUUGUGUGGGAGUAAAAACUCUUCUCUUCACUGUC